CAGCCGCUUGAAGCAGGUAUGGCGGAGGUUCAGCGCGACUGGCAGCACCGCGAGUUCAUUGAGUCGGUUACCGUCAACGUGCUCAAGAUUGUCGAGUUCCUCAACAAGUUUGACAUCUCCACCAGGUAUCGCCUCUCCAAGCUCAACGAUCAGCUCUCCACUCUGGAACGUCGCAUGGACUCGGCAGAGGCCCAGCUCUCGACUGUCUUCCAACAGCAGCAGGAGGGGCACAAUGAGUAGUGCCGAUGCUGCUCCUCUCCGCUCUCUUUAUCCGGCUCGAUCGCUUGACGACGACAUCUCCGGCUCGAUCGCUUGACGACAUCCCCGGAGUCUUUCUCUCUGCCCUUCGUCAUUGAACAAAGUAUCUCCCUCGCCCCAC